AAUAGUCCCUCAAACGCACCUACUGAGAGGCGUUAGCACAGAAACAGAAGUUAACGGGUAGAGAAAGUUUAGCGCGCGGGGCAUAUUUCGGCAACAAAUAUUAAAAACAGCCAGUUUGGACUUUUAUCGGGACCAGAAAGAAAUUUUGAAGAUGCUUCAGUUUUCACUACAAACAGAGGGAACUACAGCUGAACCUCCAGCAGCUAACUGCUAAUGCUAACCACCCAUCCCCGCUUCCUCCUCUCCAUGCCGGCGGAGGUCUCCGCGGGGCUGCCAUGGCGAAGAUCCGGGUGUCGUAUGAGUACUCCGAGGCUGAGGACAAGAGCAUCCGGCUGGGUUUGUUCCUGAUCGCCUGCGGGAUCCUCAGCCUGUUCAUCCUGGGCUUCUGUUGGCUCAGUCCGACGCUGCAGAGUCUGCAGAGCAAGCCGGCCAACUGCACGGUGAGCCCGGCGGCGAGCUGCGCUACGCUCCGGUGGGGUCAGAACCGCGGACCGAACCCGCACCGAGCUGAAAUUAUACCGGUGGUGUCUGUGCUGCGUCCUGAGGAGAUGUUUGAGUGUGUUUUUACGUGCGGAACCGACUGUAAGGGAACGUCGCUGUAUCCCUGCCUGCAGAUCUUUGUCAACAACUCCGAGUCCAACUCUGUGGCGCUGCUGCACUUCGACGAACAGCAGCUGGUCCUCAAUCCAAAGUGCUCCUACGUCCCCCCCUGUGAGAGGGACAACCAGAAGAACAAAGACAACGUUCUGCUGUGGGAGGAUUACUUCACCAAAGAGGUCAGCAGCCAGUCCUUCACCUGCUUCUUCAACCAGCAGAGGAGGCCUGACGACGUGCUGUGGCAGCGUUCCCAUGACACCAGCGUCCUGCUGCACUGCGUCCUCUGGCCAAUGGUGUCUCUCCUUCUGGGCACGCUCAUUGUGCUGCUGACGGUUUGCGCUCGCUCCCUGGCCGUCAGAGCCGAGGCGCUGCAGAAGAGAAAAUUUUCCUACGAAGUUUGCCAGGACUUGUCCAUCACCACCUCUGAUCGCCGCGGCAACAAACCCGGGGACCUCCUGGCAACAAACUCUGACCCCGAGCUGUCGUCGCCAUCAAAGACCCUUCCUCUGUUUGCGGUGCCUGUGAGGCGGCGGGAUCGGGAACAUUAAGCCAGAGAGGAAAGUUGGUUUCUCAACUGGAGCCGCUGAUGGGAGACCGGACGCCGCAGAGAAGCGACGGCCGCGAUGAAGGACUGCUGAGAUCUUCAUCAGGAGGAAGAUGAGGGUAAAUCCACUCUGGUGUGUGUCGGGUUCACCUGAAACACUCUAGCAGAUUUUCUCAUUCAGCCUGAUCAGCAGAGGCUGAAUCCACCUCAACCGAUCCCACAUUUCAUCUGAAAUUAGAAAGUCUUCUGAAUUUCCUAUCAAAGCUUUUAUUUCUCACUUUUACGCUACAAAAACACAAAAAAUUACCAAGUAAUUUUGGUCUAGUUUCUAGUGAAAAUACCUUAGCACACUUGAAAGAAGACAAACUACCUUAAAAGUUACACACCGAAUUCCACAGCACAUCUACAUGUUAGGGUUUCAUAGUCAAGCUAGCAUAACUGAACUACUUUCCUCUCAUUUGCUAUUUUUUUUGUAAUCAAAACUGUUUCCUGACCUUGUUAUCUAGUUAUGAAUUAUUAAGAUUUAGUGCGAUAUAUUGAUCAAUUAACAGCUAAAACCAGUGGUAGUCAUAGUUUUUAGCUGUUAGAACCAAUAACUAGCAUUGGUUAGCAAGCAGCAUUUUGCCCUCCAGCCAGGAGAUGGUGUGGGAACUUUCGACGUCACGCUGGAAGGAGUCCGUAGUUUACUAAGAAGUUACUUUUAAGUUAGUUUUGCCUUAUUUCAAGUGCAGUAAGAUAUUUGCACUACAAACUAAACCAAAAAUACCUGGUAAGAUUUUGUGGUUUUGCAGUAUAUUACAUUUUUCUUUGUUAAAAGCGAAGAGUUUCUAUAUUUAAUCAUUAUUUUUGGGCAGGGUAAUUAAAGCAGGUGCGAUCAUUUAAAUAAAGAAAAAAAAACUCUCCUCCAUGUAUUUGCUGAGCUUUCACUUUGCACUUCCAGUAAUCCCCAAGAGAGCUUAUUAUAAAACAAGAAAGUGCUUCUUCUAGUCUGAUCUGGUAGAAUAUGCAAAACAACAACAGUAAAUCCUCCAAUCACAACCAAAGCAGAUCUCCAGCGCAGAUUAAUGUUUUCCUUCAUUGUUUAUCAGCAGCGCCGCUUUUCUUACAUUGUUCCACUUCAGAAAUCAGAAAGAACUUAUUUAUUUAUUUAAUCUUGAUUAAUCUUACUAUCAGUCUUGAUAAAACUGAAUCUUAGUUUUUUUUUGUUGACUUUUCAGAAAGAUGUACUGAUAAAAUUACACUUAAUAUUUAUUUCAUAAUCAAAAAUCUCUCAAGGUUUGUUUCCAUCGGCCUUUUAACAGCACAAUUUGACAUUUAAAACUAAAUUUGCCUAAUGGAAGUGUGGCAAGAACGUUUUUGUUUUUUAUUGCAGCUUUUUUAUUGUAUUUUCCUUCUAAAUCCCAGCAGCCAAAAUGUUUCAUUACACAUGUGAAGAUUAUUGGAUGUUUGGUUCCUGAUCAUCAUCCAUUACUCAGUAUUAAAGUUAUAUUUCGUGACUUUGCCAAAGCUUCCCUUCAUUUUAUAUUUUUUAUAAAAAUUGAAAACGGCUCGAUGAAUUAAAGCCCUAACUGUAAAAGCUCUGAGAACAUAAACAACCGAUGGAAGAUUAGCUUGCAGUUUUUAAUUAACUGAAGCUAUUUGAUUUUCCUUUGAUAAGAUUCAAAUAAAUUAUUUUUUUUUAUCCAAAUGUUUCUAAAUGCAUCUCUAAAUAUUGUUCACAGUUAGCUUACAUCAAUCAGAUCAAAGUUUAUAAAUAUUAACCACUAUAAAUCUACAUCCUGUUCAAAAAGAGAUCCAAUCAGAUUUCAUAAAUACUGAUCAGUUAGCUCAGAUCAGAUUUUAUAAAAUAUAGCUUAAAGAUCACAAAUGCUUAAAAGAAGGUUUAUAAAUUCAGGGAACAAUUUUCAGGAAGCUGCCAUGAUUCCAAUCAUCUUUAUUGAUGAACUUUCUCCUGCUGGUCACCUUCUGUAGAAACUCCUGAUGAAACUGUGAGGAUCAAACAUUUUCUGGUCGACAGUUUUAGAAACUCUGAUCUGGAAAACCCAGACAGAAAACUGAAUUUUCUCACCAGUUCUGGUUUAAAACUGGAAAACCAUCAGCUGAACUGGUUCACUAACUCCUCCUUUCCACUGAGCGGUACUUAGUACAAACCGGCUUCAAAAAAGUCAAACCAUCCUUUUGACAUCAGUUUUAUUUUAUUUUAUAAUUAAUUGAAAGGAAACUGCUCAUUUUUAAAAUGUCGUCAGGUUUCCAUACGGAGCGGGUCUGAAUGUAGCUUCAUGAAAACACUUAGUGCCUCCUCUUCCUCUGUGACUCCGGUGCCAUGCUGUCUUCCUAUCGCUUUUACUUCCCUUUUGGUUCUAAUUGUAAUUUCAUUUCCACAUUUCCUGUUUUCUAAUAUCUAUAUGUUUUUCCUUAGUCAGCCUGGAAGCUGAUGUGAUUAAAUAUAAUGUUUAUUUUAGGAGAGUUCAUUAUUAGUUUAUAGAUUAUCAGUUUCUAUCUUCCAUUAUGUCAGCAGAAAUACAGUUAAAUUGUUUGGUUGUGUCUCAAUCGUUAUAUUUAACUUAUUUUGUUCAAACUUAAACAAUUUAAUAGUUACAAUGAACCACUAAUAUAUUUCUAUGGAAAGCACUGACAUUUUACUAUUUUAGUAGUUAAAUCAGUGAGUUUAAUUCAUUUUCUCAUUAUCUACAAGUAACGUUUGUUAAUUAAAAUCCAUAAUUUUUCUCUUUGUUGAUCUAAAGAAAAUGUAGCUUCUCUGUAGCAUCAACUUUCCAAGCUUGUCAUGUUUCCAUCUGGGAUUAAUGAAGUUAGAUUUAAUAGUUAAAGCCAUAUGCUGAGCUGUAAACUGCUGUAGCAACAAAAAACAAAAAAAACAACAAAUCUUUGCAUUUAUUCAGAUUUUCUCUGUCAAAAUGUUGACUUUAUUUUUCCUGUGAAGUCAAUAGCUGAUGGUUGAGAUGAAUUAAAGUGUUUGUGUCGUUAUAAUGAGCGAGCAGCUUCGGAGCUUGGUGUCGUCCCGUCUGAACCUCAGCUCUGUACCAUGUGACCCAGGUAGCCGCUUCGCUUCGUGUUUCACUGAUGAACAUGAUGACUGCUGUGCCUGAUAGAGAUCUUUAAAUAAAAACUAACUUUAUCUGAAA